GUCAGGAUGGCUCCUAGAAUCUAGCCAGGGAGGCCAGAGCAGUGCCAGAGGUCCCUGUCCAAGUGAUGGUGGAACUGGGAUAGAGGAGCUGCUGCGAGGAUGUCUGAAGCCAAAACUCUGAGCUCCUCUUGCCUUGUGCUUUCCUUGCUCUCCUUGCUCUGGGCUUUGCUCCAGCUGGGCCAGGCUUUUCCCAGCACCUCCGACUACCUCCAGCGGGGCUGGCAGCGGCUGCUGGAGGAAGGGGAGGGCUGCGCCGAGUGCCGGCCAGAGGAGUGCCCGGCGCCACGCGGGUGCCUGGCUGGCACGGUGCGGGAUGCCUGCGACUGCUGCUGGGAGUGUGCCAACCUGGAGGGACAGAUCUGCGAUCUGGACAACACCAACCACUUCUACGGCAAGUGUGGGGAACACCUGGAGUGCCGGCUGGAUGCCGGGGACCUGCAGCAUGGAGAGGUGCCUGAGCCCCAAUGCGCCUGCCUCUCCCGCCUGGCCCUCUGUGGCUCCGACGGCAAAACCUACGCCCAGAUCUGCAGGUUCCUGGAGGUCGCCCGUGCCCACCCCGACGCCAACCUCACCGUGGCCCACGAGGGUCCCUGCGAGUCAGAGCCCCAGAUCACCUCUCCUCCCUACGACACGUGGAACAUCACUGGGCAGGAUGUCAUCUUUGGCUGUGAGGUCUUCGCCUACCCCAUGGCAUCCAUUGAGUGGAGGAAGGACGGCACAGAGAUGAUGCUGCCUGGAGAUGACCCCCACAUCUCUGUCCAGUUCAGAGGUGGCCCCCAGAAAUACGAAGUGACAGGCUGGCUCCAGAUCCAGGGUGUACGGGUGACAGACGAAGGCACCUACCGCUGCUUUGCCAGGAACAAGGUUGGGGAGGUGGUGGCUUUAGCCAGCCUGACCGUCUUCACGCCGGAUCAGCUCAACUUGACAGGCUUUUCGCUGCCGAAGCCCCGCACGACGCCUGAGGACUACGGGGAGAGCGAGGAGGACUAUUACUAG